AUGGAUCUGAGUGCCAGGAAAACGGAAACACUUUUCCCUGCGUUACUUUGUGCGGUUCUGGUUGCCAUCGUUUGGUGUUCAGUAAACGCAGAAUCACCAACGACUGCCGCUCUUAUGUCUCCAUCAACGGACUACAAGACACAAGCUGGCACUACCGAAUACCCCCGUGACGAUCAAACAACAACCGACUCGCCAACGCAAGAAACACCAACGACUGCCGCUCGUAUGUCCCCAUCAACGGACGACCUCAUACAAGCUGACAGUACUGAAUACCCCCGCGACGAUCUAACAACAACUGACUCGCCAACUCAAGAAUCACCAACGGCUGCCGCUUUUAUGUCCCAAUCAACGGACGACCAUACACCAGCUGGCACUACUAAUUAUCCCCGUGACGAUGAAGCAACUGACUCGCCAACUCAAGAAUCGACAACGACUGCCGCUCUUAUGUCCCCAUCAACGGACUACAAGACGCAAGCUGGCACCACUGAAUACCCCCGUGACGAUCAAACAACAACCGACUCGCCAACGCAAGAAUCACCAACGACUGCCGCUCGUAUGUCCCCAUCAACGGACUACAAGACACCAGCUGGCACUGCUGAAUACCCCCGUGAAGAUGAAGCAACUGACUCGCCAACUCAAGAAACACCAACGACUGCCUCUCUUAUGUCCCCAUCAACAGACUACAAGACACAAGCUGGCACUACUGAAUACCCCCGUGACGAUCAAACAACAACCGACUCGCCAACGCAAGAAACACCUACGACUGCCGCUCGUAUGUCCCCAUCAACGGACGACCUCAUACAAGCUGGCACUACUGAAUACCCCCGCGACGAUCUAACAACAACUGACUCGCCAACACAAGAAACACUAACGAAUGCCGCUCUUACGUCCCCAUCAACGGACGACCAUACACAAGCUGGCACUACUGAAUACCCCCGUGACGAUCUAACAACAACCGACUCGCCAACUCAAGUUGCUUCAGGGGCGUGUUCCACUCCAGACCCCAUUGCACCACCAUAUCCACCCAGUCCGCUUACGUCUUUUUCUUUGUUGAAAAUUGCCAAUGAAUAUCCGUUUAAUACCUAUCUGGCAGUUCGUCUAAGGGACGGAGGGUUCAUCUACGAAGGCCGAGUGGAGGUCUACUUUAAUGGCGAGUGGGGAACCGUGUGCGACGACAGUUGGGACCUGAACGACGCCAAUGUGGUCUGCCGUGAGCUGGGCUUCGGAGCGGCCGUGACAGCGGCCUCGAAUGCCGCGUACGGCCAGGGACAGGGACCGAUACAGCUGGACAAUGUUGGAUGCACGGGGCAAGAGAGUUCCAUCUUUGACUGCUCACAUAAUGGCAUACAGCAGCAUAACUGUGGGCAUGAUGAAGAUGCUGGGGUGGAGUGCUCUGGGCCUACGCCAGUUCGUCUACGGGACGGAGGGUCCAUCUACGAAGGCCGAGUGGAGGUCUUCGAUAACGGCGAGUGGGGCACCGUGUGCGACGACAGUUGGGACCUGAACGACGCCAACGUGGUCUGCCGUGAGCUGGGUUUUGGAGCGGCCCUGAGGGCGGCCUCAGGCGCUACAUACGGCCCCGGACAGGGACCGAUACAGCUGGACGAGGUGGGAUGCACGGGGCAAGAGAGUUCCAUCUUUGACUGCUCACAUAAUGGCAUACAGCAGCAUAACUGUGGGCAUCAUGAAGAUGCUGGGGUGGAGUGCUCCGAGCCUACAGGUCUGGCAGUUCGUCUACGGGACGGAGGGUCCAUCUACGAAGGCCGAGUGGAGGUCUACUUUAAGGGCGAGUGGGGAACCGUGUGCGACGACAGUUGGGACCUGAACGACGCCAACGUGGUCUGCCGUGAGCUGGGCUUCGGAGCGGCCGUGACAGCGGCCUCGAAUGCCGCGUACGGCCAGGGACAGGGACCGAUACAGCUGGACAAUGUUGGAUGCACGGGGCAAGAGAGUUCCAUCUUUGACUGCUCACAUAAUGGCAUACAGCAGCAUAACUGUGGGCAUCAUGAAGAUGCUGGGGUGGAGUGCUCCGAGCCUACAGUUCGUCUACGGGACGGAGGGUCCAUCUACGAAGGCCGAGUGGAGGUCCACGUUAACGGCGAGUGGGGCACCGUGUGCGACGACAGUUGGGACCUGAACGACGCCAACGUGGUCUGCCGUGAGCUGGGCUUCGGAGCGGCCCUGAGGGCUGCCUCAGGCGCUACAUACGGCCCCGGACAGGGACCGAUACAGCUGGACGAGAUGGGGUGCACGGGGCAAGAGAGUUCCAUCUUUCACUGCUCGCAUCCUGGGGUACAGCAACACAACUGUAGACACUCGGAGGAUGCUGGGGUGGAGUGCUCAGAGCCUACAGUUCGUCUACGGGACGGAGGGUCCAUCUACGAAGGCCGAGUGGAGGUCUACACUGACGGCCAGUGGGUCACCGUGUGUGACCACAGUUGGGACCUGAACAACGCCAACGUGAUCUGCCGUGAGCUGCGCUUCGGAGCGGCCGUGACGGCGGCCUCGGACGCAACGUACGGCCCUGGACAGGGACCAAUACAGAUGUACGAUGUGGAAUGCAUGGGGCAAGAGAGUUCCAUCUUUCACUGUUCUCAUGCUUGGGUACAGCAGGAUAACUGUGGACACUCGGAAGAUGCUGGGGUGGAGUGCUCAGUGCCUAGAGUUCGUCUACGGGACGGAGGGUCCAUCUACGAAGGCCGAGUUGAGGUCUACGUUAACGGCGAGUGGGGCACCGUGUGCGACGACAGUUGGGACCUGAACGACGCCAACGUGGUCUGCCGUGAGUUGGGUUUUGGAGCGGCCCUGAGGGCGGCCUCAGGCGCUACAUACGGCCCCGGACAGGGACCGAUACAGCUGGACGAGGUGGGAUGCACGGGGCAAGAGAGUUCCAUCUUUGACUGCUCACAUAAUGGCAUACAGCAGCAUAACUGUGGGCAUCAUGAAGAUGCUGGGGUGGAGUGCUCCGAGUCUACAGUUCGUCUACGGGACGGAGGGUCCAUCUACGAAGGCCGAGUGGAGGUCUACGUUAACGGCGAGUGGGGCACCGUGUGCGACGACAGUUGGGACCUGAACGACGCCAACGUGGUCUGCCGUGAGUUGGGCUUCGGAGCGGCCGUGACGGCGGCCACAGGCGCAACGUACGGCCAGGGACAGGGACCGAUACAGAUGGACGAGGUGGGAUGCACGGGGCAAGAGAGUUCUAUAUUUCACUGCUCACAUCUUGGGGUAGAGGAUCAAGACUGUUGGCACUUUGAAGAUGCUGGGGUGGAGUGCUCCGAGCUUACAGCCAUUGAAUCAGCUGCACCAUUCACUGAAUUGACAUCUGAAUCAUUCAACAUGACAACAGCACCUGUAAAGAGCCUAGCACCAGUAACUACACCACCGAUUACCAAGACCGAAGCCAUUGAAUCAGCUGCACCAUCUACGGAAUGGACAGAAACAACAUCAUCUGUAAAGAGCCUAGCACCAGUAACUACACUACCGAUUACCAAGACCGAAGGAACUGGUAGCAGGACAGUUCUGAUCCCAGUCGUUACUGUCGUCAUUAUCUUGAUUAUCCUGGCUGUGAUUGUGGGAAUUGUUUUUCUGCGUCAUCUAAAAGGUAGAAGACAACCAGCAGGAGACCUGGAAUUGAUCAGUUUUGAUAAUCAGAUAUCUCAAGACGGGGUAUCGGACUAUGAGAGUCGGAUAUCUCCACAUGAGGUAUCAGACUAUGACAACGUUGCUCGUGAUUGCACAUCAUCAUUGGAAGUAGUUGCAGUAAAUAUGUCAUCACCAACCUGUGAGGAUGUAGGUCUGCCGUCUUGGGCCCAGAGCUGGAACAUCCCAUUUAGAAAUAUGAUGAUCGGCGAAAAGGUUUUGGGAAAGGGAAAUUUCGGUGAAGUUCGUGACGGAGCAGUGAAGGUUGAAGGAGAAGUUUUCAAGGCUGCUAUAAAGACACUGAAGGCUUCCGAGUCGAAUAACGAUCGACAGAAUUUCAUGGAGGAAUUCAGAACUCUGACCAAAAUUGGACGGCACCCGAACGUGGUCAGUAUUCUUGGUGCUUGUCAACAUGAUGACAUUUUGUACGUGGCCUUGGAGUUCAUGCCCAACGGUGAUCUGCGCACCUACCUGAGAAACGCUCGAUCCCAGGAUGACGAUGAACAGUCAACUCUGUCUUCUGAGAAACUAAUUCAGUUUGCUUUGGAUGUUGCCAAAGGAAUGCAACACCUUGCUGCAUUGAGAGUAAUUCAUCGUGAUUUGGCGGCAAGAAACAUCCUCCUUGACAAUCAACUGGUUGCCAAGGUUUCUGAUUUUGGUUUAUCGCGAGGGGAAGAUAUUUACGUGCAGACAUCACAGACUCGUGUUCCUACUCGCUGGCUGUCGCUGGAGUCGUUGACUUAUAAUGCCUACUCAUCCAAGAGUGACGUAUGGUCCUUUGGAAUCCUUCUCUGGGAAAUUGCGACCCUAGGUGCCACUCCUUAUGAAAACAUAAAAACUAAGGACCUGAUGUCGAGGUUGGAGAUUGGAUAUCGGAUGGCCAAACCAAGCAACUGUGAUGAUGAAAUCUACAACCUGAUGUUGAUGUGCUGGCAGGUAGACCCGGCCAAACGGCCUAGUUUCAAUCAACUAGUGACUCGUCUGACAAGUAUGGUUGACAACCCAAAUGAGCAAACGUACAUGCAUAUGCUACCGAAGACUGAGGAAUACAUGCACAUGAUGAUUCGCCCAGAGUUUGAUGACAACUAA